AGAGAAGCAAAGCUUCAGCAUAUAAAACGAAGAUAAGAAAACAUACAUAACUAUUACUCCAUGAUGAUGAAGCACAAAGCCAACAUGGCAAUGGUGUUUGUACAGAUUAUAUACGCAGGAAUGCCAUUGCUCUCAAAAGUGGCCAUCUCUCAAGGGACCAACCCUUUUGUCUUUGUUUUCUACCGACAAGCCUUCGCUGCUCUGGCGUUGUCCCCUUUCGCAUUCUUCCUUGAAAGCGCCAAAUCAUCCCCUCUGUCCUUCUUCUUGCUGCUGAAAAUUUUCAUGAUCUCCUUAUGCGGACUCACGCUAAGUCUUAACCUCUUCUAUGUGGCCAUCGACAACACCACUGCCACCUUUGCAGCAGCAACCACCAACGCCAUUCCCUCUAUCACCUUCGUAUUGGCUUUUCUUUUCGGAUUAGAGACGGUGACGUUAAAGAAGUCAUACGGACUGGCGAAAGUAUUUGGUUCGAUGGUUGGUAUGUUGGGCGCACUAGUGUUCGCAUUUGUGAAAGGGCCAAGUUUGAUCAAUCAUGACAGCAACAAGACCAUUCCAAACAAGGCCAUUCCAUCAACAAAAAAUUCAGUAAAAGGAUCCAUCACUAUGCUUGCCGCCAAUACCUGCUGGUGUUUGUGGAUUGUAUUGCAGAGCAAGGUGAUGAAAGAAUACACAGCUAAGUUGCGAUUGGUAACACUUCAAUGCGUCUUCAGUUGUAUGCAAACCGCAGUUUGGGCACUCGCAGUGAAUAGAAGUCCAUCAGUUUGGAAGAUCGAAUUUGGCUUACCUCUUCUAUCAAUGGCUUAUUGUGGAAUUAUGGUAACUGGAUUCACAUAUUGGUUACAAGUAUGGGCUAUAGAGAAGAAAGGACCAGUAUUCACUGCACUCUACACUCCUUUAGCUCUCAUCAUUACAUGCAUCGUCUCGUCUUUCCUUUUUAAGGAAACCCUCUAUCUUGGAAGUGUUUGUGGAGCCUUUCUGUUGGUGUGUGGACUAUACAUUGGUCUUUGGGGUAAAACUAAAGAAGAAGAAGAACAAACAUAUGGUGAGAAGCAAAUCCUACAAGAGACUAAAGGAGAGAUGACUGUCUAAUAUUUCGUCUCUAUGCACUUUGUUCCAACUAUCACCAUUAUCAAUAAUGUCCGCGUGUAAUCAUGAAUGUGGAGUUUUUUCCCUUCUUCUUUCUUAUCUUCGGCGAAUUUUUUUAUUGGUGAGAAAAUGGUUUGAAAAUAUUGUCGAGUCAGUAUUUCGCAGAAGAAAAAUUGUAGAAAUUAUGCUAUUAUUUUUUUUUUUGAA